GCUUUCCAAUGGACUACACAUCAAACAAAAAGUCAUGGAUGAACUCAGGGGUUUUUGAGAAAUGGCCAACGGACUUGGACAGACAAAUGAAGAAAAAGAAGAAAAAAAUACUCUUGUUUAUUGACAACGCUACUGCUCACGGUGACAUCCCAAAAAUGAAAAACGUAAAAAUCGAGUUCUUACCUCCAAACAACACAUCCAAGCUACAGCCAUUGGAUCAAGGAAUAAUUAAGAACUUUAAAGUUCAUUACCAGAAGGAAGUUGUAUGCCUCUUCCUUCGUGACCUCGAGGACAAGAACCCUACAAAAAUAAGCAUACUUGAUGCAAUGUGGAUGGCUUCUAAGGCGUGGAACAAUAUUACCGAAAAUACUAUAAAGAACUGCUUCAAGAAAAGUGGCUUUAAACAGCAAGUUGACGAAGAAGAGGAAAGUGUUGUAGAAGACUGUUCAAUUGUUGAAACGGAUAACGGUGAACUUCCUAGUCCUUUACUGUGGAGACAAGUGACUCAGGCCCUUACUUUGGAAGGGCUGUCUUUCGAAGACUCUUUGGCCGUCGAUGACGAGCUUGCUACUUGCGGCCAAUUAAGCGAUGCAGACAUUAUUGCAUCCGUUUCCAAGGACAUGAGUGUAGAAGACAGUGUAGUCGAGGACGGCGAGGAUGAUGACGACAACGAAGUCGAAACGCCUGACCCCACCCUUCGCGAUGCCCGGUGUGCCAUCAACACGUUGCGAAGUUUCCUCCAAAAGAAGACGUCUAUGGAUGACAAAAUAAUCCAGUCUUUAUCCAUUUUAGACGACGCGUUGGACAAAUUGCUAGAAGCCCACAUAGCGCCUAACAACGACGCAGCUGUUACCGUCUCGUGGCCCGUGGACAGAGCCAAGAACCCGCUCAGACUCUCCGGUCGCCAUUUCCCCAGCCCACUACCUGAGACUUCAAGCCGCAAGAGGAAAUUUCAAAGACCUUGCUACGUUGUUGAAAAAGAAGUCCACCUCUGA